UUGAAUGAAAGCAGUAACAAGAGAAGAGAAAAGAAUGGAAGAGAAGUGAAGUAGUAAUGAGUAAAUGAAGCAUGCUCGUUGGUCGGUUCUAUCAAUGUUUUUUCUGUCUCUCUCAUUUGUUUGUUUGCUUAUACAAGCGGCAAAGUUAACUGCUACUCACACCAAAGACCCCCCUCUCUCUUUCUCUCUCAAUUCAUUUUCUUUCUCUCUAUUUUUAUAUUUUUUUUUUGUUUUCUCUCUCUAACAAAUUCGGUUGAAGCUGCAAGGAAGAGACAUCUUCUGCAGCUUUCACUGAGAGCAAGGAAUUAGAACCAAAAAAAUUCUAAACUUUGAAGGUUUCAUUCAAGCUUUACUCCUCUAGCUGUGAUUCUUGUGCACAUGAUCUAGGAGAGUUCUUUAUUACUUCUAUAGUUGGUAUUUUGAAUCUUGUUCAACCAUUUUCUGGUGUCUCUUUCAGUGUUUCCAAGCUCAUUUUCCCAAAUCAAGCUGGUUCUUUCUUCUUUUCUUCUCUCUGUUUCUUCCCAAAUUUGUGGACUUUACCCUAUUUUAGGUAAAGGGGUUGGCCUAUUUUCUUAAAGUUAUUAUCUUUUCUUUCAAAGAAGUAGGUGAGUGUGUUUGAUUCUGAGGAUAUUUGUGUGAUUUCUUGGGAGAAUGCUUGAUUUGUAGCCGAGGGAAAAAAAAGGAGAAGAUGCCUGAAGGGAUCAUCACAAAAAAGAGGAUACAUUUCAGCAAACUAUAUUCAUUUUCUUGCUUGAAAUCUUCAUUUGGAGAUGGGCAUUCCCAAAUCGGUCAGAAAGGGUACUCAAGGAUUGUGUAUUGCAAUGAUCCUGAUAACCCUGAUGCAAUUCAGCAGAAUUAUAGAGGGAACUAUGUGUCAACCACAAAGUACACAGCUUUUAAUUUCAUCCCUAAGUCCCUUUUUGAACAGUUUAGGAGGGUUGCAAAUAUAUAUUUUCUUGUUGUUGCUUGUGUUUCAUUUAGUCCAUUGGCACCUUAUACAGCUCUCAGUAUUGUUGCACCAUUGUUGCUUGUCAUUGGAGCUACUAUGGCCAAGGAAGCUGUGGAAGAUUGGAGGAGGAGAAAGCAGGAUAUAGAGGCAAACAACCGAAAGGUUCUGGUAUAUGGUAAAAAUUAUACAUUUGUGGAGACUAGAUGGAAAAAACUCCGAGUUGGUGAUAUUGUUAAGGUGUGUAAGGAUGAAUAUUUUCCUGCUGAUAUUCUUCUGCUUUCGUCAAGCUACGGAGACGGGGUUUGCUAUGUUGAGACAAUGAAUCUCGAUGGAGAAACUAAUCUAAAGUUAAAGCAUGCCUUGGAUGCGACGUCUCAUCUUCAAGAUGAAAAACCUAUCCAGAAGUUCAGGGCUAUGGUUAAAUGUGAGGAUCCUAAUGAAAACUUAUACUCAUUUAUUGGAAACUUGCACUAUGAGGGUAAAGAAUAUCCUCUUUCCUUGCAGCAGAUCCUUUUAAGAGACUCUAAGCUGAAGAACACUGAUCAUAUCUUUGGUGUUGUAAUCUUCACCGGACACGAUACAAAAGUGAUGCAGAAUUCUACUGAUCCUCCAUCCAAGAGAAGCAAAAUUGAGAGAAAAAUGGAUAAGAUUAUAUACAUCCUCUUCAGUACCUUGAUUUUCAUAUCCUUUAUUGGUUCUGUCUAUUUUGGUGUUGAGACUAAAAGGGAUACCAGCGGUCGCAGGUAUCGAAGAUGGUAUGUUCGUCCCGACAGUACAACGGUCUUUUAUGAUCCGAGAAGUGCUACACUUUCUGCUCUUCUCCACUUUUUAACUGCUCUUAUGUUGUUUGGAUAUCUUAUUCCUAUAUCACUUUAUGUGUCCAUAGAACUUGUGAAAGUUCUUCAGAGUGUUUUCAUCAACCGAGAUCAGGAAAUGUAUUAUGAGGAAAUGGAUAGGCCGGCUCGUGCUCGCACCUCUAAUUUGAAUGAGGAACUUGGUCAGGUUGAUACUAUAUUAUCUGACAAAACCGGUACUUUGACAUGUAACUCGAUGGAGUUUGUCAAAUGUUCCAUAGGAGGCAUUCGAUAUGGCCGAGGUAUGACAGAAGUGGAGAAGGCACUUGCAAAGAGAGGGAAAAAUGUGGAGUCUCAAGUUGAUGAAGCAUCAUGUGAUCUUUCGGGCCAGGAUAGUGACGUGGAGGACUCUCGGCCGCCAGUUAAGGGCUUUAACUUUAGAGAUGAACGAAUAAUGAAUGGGAAAUGGGUUAAUGAACCACAAUCAGACAUCAUACAGAAGUUCUUUCGAGUUUUAGCUAUUUGUCAUACUGCUAUUCCAGAUGUAGAUCAAGGGUCAGGAGAAAUUUCUUAUGAAGCCGAGUCACCAGAUGAGGCGGCUUUUGUCAUAGCUGCGAAGGAACUUGGUUUCGAGCUUUUCGCUAGGACACAAACAAGCAUAUCAUUGCAUGAAUUAAACUACAAAACUGGAAAAAAGGUUGACAGAGUGUACCAGCUUCUGCAUGUCCUAGAGUUCAGCAGUUCCCGCAAGAGAAUGUCGGUGAUAGUGAGGAAUGAGGAAAAUCAGUUGUUGCUCUUAUGCAAGGGUGCAGACAGUGUAAUGUUUGAAAGGCUGUCUGAAAAAGGAAGACAAUAUGAGGCCGAAACCAAAGAACAUAUCAAACAGUAUGCCGAAGCAGGCUUAAGAACUCUGGUAAUCACAUACCGUGAACUUGAUGAAGAAGAAUAUAAGUUAUGGGAAGUAGAGUUUUCAAAGGCCAAAACAUCUGUUGGAGCAGAUCGAGAUGCAUUGGUCGAUGCUGCUGCUGAUAAGAUGGAAAGAAAUUUGAUACUUCUUGGGUCUACAGCAGUUGAGGAUAGACUGCAAAAGGGCGUUCCUGAAUGUAUUGAAAGGCUUGCUAAGGCAGGAAUCAAGUUAUGGGUGUUGACUGGGGACAAGAUGGAAACAGCAGUCAAUACAGGAUAUGCCUGCGGGUUACUUAGGCAAGACAUGAAGCAGAUAGUGAUCACUCUUGAUUCACCUAAUAUUAUAGCACUUGAAAAGCAAGGGGAUAAGGAUGCUCUUAAAAAGGAAUCUCUUGAAAGCAUUAAGAAGCAAAUUGGAGAGGGAAUAAAGCAAAUCAAGUUUGUGAAAGAGAGUACUAAUACAGAUAAAGAGAGUUCUUCUUCAUUUGGAUUGAUAAUUGAUGGGAAGUCUUUGGAUUAUUCGCUUAACAAGAACUUGGAGAAUUCCUUCUUUGAGUUGGCAACUAGUUGUGCUUCCGUCAUAUGUUGCCGAUCAUCACCGAAACAGAAAGCUCGUGUUACAAAAAUGGUAAAAUUAGGAACAGGGCAGACAACAUUAUCCAUCGGCGACGGGGCAAAUGAUGUCGGCAUGCUUCAGGAGGCUGAUAUUGGAGUUGGCAUUAGUGGUGCUGAAGGGAUGCAGGCUGUAAUGGCAAGUGAUUUUGCAAUAGCCCAAUUCCGUUUUCUGGAGCGUUUGUUGUUGGUGCAUGGCCACUGGUGUUAUAGGCGAAUAUCAAUGAUGAUAUGCUAUUUCUUCUAUAAAAAUAUUGCAUUUGGAUUCACCUUAUUUUGGUUCGAGGCGUAUGCUUCGUUCUCCGGUCAAGCUGCGUACAAUGAUUGGUACAUGUCAUUCUACAAUGUCUUCUUCACUUCACUUCCAGUUAUUGCUCUCGGUGUUUUCGAUCAAGAUGUUUCUGCUAAACUUUGCUUAAAGUAUCCUUUUCUAUAUCUAGAGGGAGUAGAGGACACCCUCUUCAGCUGGCCGCGCAUUAUCGGCUGGAUGGUUAACGGAGUCCUUAGCUCCUUAGCCAUGUUCUUCUUGACUGCAAACUCUGUCAUGACUCAGGCUUUCAGAAGGGAUGGUCAAGUGGUCGAUUUCGAGAUACUCGGCGUCACGAUGUACACGUGUGUAGUGUGGACCGUGAAUUGCCAAAUGGCGCUUUCCAUCAAUUACUUCACUUGGAUCCAGCAUUUUUUCAUCUGGGGCAGCAUUGCAUUCUGGUACGUAUUCGUGCUGGUUUACGGCUACCUCUCGCCGGAAAUAUCGACGACGGCUCACAUGGUGUUUGUGGAAGCUUGUGCUCCAAGUUUGCUAUAUUGGCUAGUUACCCUUUUGGUGGUUGUGUGUGCUCUUCUACCUUAUUUUUGCUAUAGAUCAUUCCAAAGUAGGUUUCUACCAAUGUAUCAUGAUAUUAUUCAGAGAAAACAAGUUGAAGGUUCUGAUAUUGAGAUAUAUGAUGAGGUUCCUAAACAAGUCCAUGGAAAACUAAUACAUCUAAGAGAGAGAUUGAAGCAAAGGGAACUAUGAAAUGGAUUUAGUUUCUAAGCUUAUGUUAUUGUUGGAGCUUUUUUUUUUCACUCAUUUUUUUCUCCCUCUUUGAAAUUCCUAUUGUUUAAAAAUUUGUAUAGUGAGGAUUUGUGUAGCAAUCACAAUCACCUGAUGUAGAUUAGUUAUGUAAAGUAUUGUAUCAUAGUCUUUUCUAUUUGUUAAUGGAAUCAAACAAAGCAUGUUCUACAUUGUAUUUUUUGGUGUAUAUGACUUACUAUAUUAACACAAGAUAUUGUUUAUGUCUUGUUAGUUUG